AUGCGCGGCGCGGCGGGGCCCGGGGACCGCCCCUCGGCCGCCGGCGGGGAUGCUGCGUCCGGGGGAUCCCGGCUGCCUCCCGCCUGUCCUGCGCGGAGCUCCCGCCCGAGCCCGGGAAGAAGGCAUUAUAGGGUCAGCCUAUCAAUCUCUGCAAAGAAGACCACUAAGAUUUUGGUAUGGACCACAGCGACAGUACAGAUCAAUUUGGGGAGUACCAUCAUCUUAACAGUACGAAGUCUUCCAACCUUAAGCACUGAUGGACCAAUAGCACAAAAACACAGACACGAGAGAUCCUCUAUCUUUUGCUCAGGACUCAGAAAGAAGCAAAGUGACCUCUGGAAAACAGAAACACUGAUUUUCCCAAAGGAUCUCAACACAGAAAGUGUUGGCACCAGUCUAGAAAGCAGGAUUCCUGAGGCAAUACGGGAUUUCAAGGACAUUCAGGGCUCUCACCACACUACUAAAAUUCAGAGAGAUGGAGCUGGACCAAGAUCUUCCCAUCAAAGUUCAAAGCCAGAAGUGAAUCACGAGGGCACAAUCACACGAAUCUGCGCUGGGGAACAUUUUACAAGCCAUCUGGCUGGACUCCUCAAAAGUCAACUGUGUGAAAGAGUGAAAAAAGUGGGGGGAAUGUUCUAGAUUAAAGAGACUGUUUUAUUAGAUUCAAGACCCUUACCCCCACCCCCAGCUAUAAAGGAUAUUUUCGGGACAAUUGAGAGAAAUGUGAAUAUAAAAUGAAAUGUUAAAUCCUUUGGAAGUGAAGAUAUUGUGAUUAUAUAAGUAUUUAGGGGCAAAAUGACAUUAUAUAUAAUGUCAUAACAUGUGUGUGGGAUAAAAUAAAUAUUCAUUAUAAAUAUAAUUUUAAUAUUAGCCUGAGCAAAACAAUUGGGAAGUCUGUUCCCAGGACUUCUAUAACGUAUCCUAAAAGCCAAAGAGAAAAGCCUUUCUGAUUAUUCGCAGUUUUUUAUUAUCUUUAUCAUUAUUCUCCUCAUUAAUGCAGGAACUGAGUACUGAUUAUAAUGAAGGAGCCUGAGGCACUACUAUAAAUGGCUAUUCUUAUUAAUUACACACUAGCUUCAGAUUACCUUAUCAAUUUUUAUUCUUAUCAAGAGCACUUUUUUUAGCCACCUAGCUUCUUAAAAUGGUCUUGUAGAAUGUUUAAGACAUUCUGGGUGAACAAAAACUUUAAAUUAUUAAAAAUUUUCCAAUCCCCUCUGUUGGGGGUAAAUAUUAAGCAAGUGAUUUUUCAAUAAUAUUAUAAUUUAUACAGAAAAUGCUUUUAUUUCACAAUGACAUACUUUCUGCUGUUUACUCAGAAGAGUGAAAUGUUUUAAAAACUAUUUCAUUUAUUCAACAAAUACUGACUACUUAUAUUGUACCACAGACUAAGGCCAUCAGGAUUUGUGAUGAAAGGAUAUGUGGAGCUUAAAUUUAGUGGAAAACAGGCCCUUCCAAAGAUAAUUCCAAUAUAACAUAUAAGUGCAAUAAUGAUGCAACGGGAAAGUUCAGAGAAGAACCACAGAAGGCUUUACUGAGCUACUAACACUUCGGGUGUGUCUUGAAUGUACAGAUAUUUUCUAUGAGAGGGAAACAAAGGCGAGGCUGUAGGCAGAGGAAAGAGCAUGUGACUGGACAGGCCUAAGAUGUCUGAGAAACCAAACAGCUCAAUGCCGGGGUUUUUUUUUUUAAUUAAUUAAUUUUUUUUUUAAAGAUUUUG